CAACGUCACACCUUGACGGCCAGCUUGGCGAACGUACUGCUCUCUUCAAUGAACUGUCGCCUUGAGUUUUCUCACCCAUCGAAAUGGCAAUGAUAGUGGAAGCUUUCCUCAUCGAUAUUUAUUGACAUCGCCCAGCGCGGUUCACCUUGGAUCUGUCUCACGGCCAGCAUACGACAGCUAAAUAUAUGUUCCUCAUACAGGCCCCUAUUCACAUUACAGAAAUAGCCUAGGCCAGCUAGUCAUCCCUUUCGGCUUCUGUUAUUUUUUGCGUGCAGUGUGACGGCGACGAACACAAUCCAAAAAAAUUAUGUGAGGCUGUGCAGACACCAUCCAUCUUGUCCUAUGCCGUUGGUACGCUUCAGCGGGCCAGAAUUCCUCAGGCAACGUCUAGUGCUUUCUAUAUUAAGUGGGAAGCCCGUUCGCAUUGAUGGUAUAAGGUCGGAAGACAGGGACCCCGGACUUAGAGACUAUGAAGUUAGUCUGCUUCGACUUUUGGAGAAAGUAACAAAUGGGACUGUGAUAGAAAUUUCCUACACCGGUACAUCCGUGCUCCUUAAGCCUGGGAUCAUAAGCGGGGGGAAGGUCUCUCAUGACUGCCCUCUGUCGCGCUCGGUUGGGUACUUCCUUGAGGCACUACUUCUUAUUGCCCCAUUCGCCAAAACACCUGUCGACAUCACCCUGAAAGGCAUCACCUCCGACGACAACGAUUUAUCCGUUGACCUUAUUCGGACGGUAUCCUUGCCCCACUUACAAUUAUUUGGCGUGUCCGAGGGUCUUGAACUCCAGAUCAAGAAAAGAGGAGAAGUACCAUUGGGUGGAGGGGAAGUGAAUUUUCUAUGCCCAAUCAUCAAACAGGCUAAAACUAUCAACUUUGUGGCACCUGGAAAGAUAAAGAGGAUCCGAGGAAUAGCGCAUGCUGUGCGCGUCUCGCCCCAGUUUUCGCAGCGGAUGAUCGAGGCCUCACGAUCCGUGCUCAAUCGAUUCAUACCCGACAUUUAUCUCUACACUGAUGUCUAUAAGGGGGACGACAGCGGAAAAUCUCCUGGGUUCGCGUUGAGCCUUCUUGCCGAAUCAACGACAUUUGCACUGCAUUGUACAGAGGUUGUGUCCAAACCAGCCAUAACACCUGAGGACGUUGCACUGGCAGCCUCAAGGGCAUUACUCUCCGAGAUUCGUCGCGGCGGAUGCAUCGAUCGCAAACAUCAAGGGAUAGUUUUAACUCUCAUGCUUCUUGGUAGCGAGGAUGUCGCUCGCUGUAGGAUGGGCGAAUUAACGACUCGAUCAAUCCAACUGCUCCGCGACAUAAAAGCUAUAUUCGGAACAACUUUCAAAAUCGUGCCGGCUGAGCCAGAAGAUCAGAACUGCACUGAAAUCUUGGUAUCAUGUUUUGGCACGGGCUAUAUUAAUGCAAACCGGGGCCUGGCUUAGACCUAGUCCCAACUUUACUCACUGCUUUGUACGAUUAAUUAUUAAUGAUGUGAAUUGGGUGAAGCCAGACCGUUCCUGCACACACAAGCUGAAUGGGUGCAGAGUAUCAUGCUGUAGGAAACUCUUUGAAAUAAUUCGGGCCCUUCCUCUGCGUCGGAGGAUCGGGAGACAGCCAAGCCGUGUGGGGCGCGAAUGCUCCCCGUCCUAUACCACCCCUCGCACGAUUAUUUGAUAAUAGUCCGCGCCUUAUUGAGCCAGAUGACAACUUCGACGACGCUGCUUUGUCCCACUCUCUCAUCACCUCUCAUCGGCUUCAAAAGUAUUGCCCUGAGCAAUUUCUAAGAGUUUCCGGAGCUCCUCGUUCUCGUUCUCUAAUCUCACUAUUUCAACUUCCCGUUC